CCGAGUCCCGACGCUUCACUCCGCAUCCACCCUCUUCUCUCAGUCUCUCUCCGCCCCCAUCCGACCUCCGGCGGCCCGCCGUCCCCUUCGCUGGAGCCCUUUCCCCCUCCGGAUCCCGUCGAAAUCCGAAUCCGCCGGCUACGGUCGCUGCCCGCCGAUCUCACGAGUCGCGCGCUCUACCCAAAACACUCUCGCGGUUGCCGUGGCCGCGCUUCUAUCUUCGCGGCGGAGGAGAAGAUCCCUCUUUUGCAGGAAAAUUGCAUUUGUUAUAGCUAUGGAUAAAUUAUUGGAGUUUGGAAGGAAAACGUGGUUUAUGGUCAGGGUGCUCUCGGGAUACGAAGAAAGAAGAAUUAGAGCAUACAGAUUACAACUCCAAAAGCGUAUAGAAAAGGCACAAGCUAGGAAGGAAGAGUUGAGGAGGAUUCCAGAACAGGCUAUUUUGGCAGAGGUUCGUCGCAUGGUUGAGCAGAUGCAAGCACUCAACCAUCAGCUGGAAGAAACGGAAGCUGCAAUCGAAGAGUACUUCAAACCAAUUGAUAAGAAUGCAGAGAUCAUAAUGAGUAUGCAACUUGAGAAAGAAGAAAAGCAAAUGAAGGAGAUGCUGAAGGCUAUGCACGAGCAGGCUAUGCUGCAAAGAGAGCUGGCAGCAAAGAAAGUUGUCGACAGUGAUGCAAUCCAUCCCACUCAACAAAUGACAUCCACCCCAUCAAACCAAGAACAGGCCAAAGAAUCAUAAACUAACAUUUGGCACAGAGUUAAAAUUAAUUAAGUGUAUCUUUAAUUUUUGGUCAUGCACAUCUGGCUGCAUAAUAAAAAUAUUACUACUGUUUCAGAAAUUUGUUCACUCAUCAAAGAAGUCUAAGAUGCUUCAGUUUUGGCA